AUGCUGCCUCUCCUGCAGGUCACCCUCUUCCUUCUCUCCUCCUGCUUUUCAGCAGGAGGAGGCAGCCCCCUCAGUGAAGGCCUGUGGCUGCUGAAGACUGAGUUUGCCCUCCACCUCUACCAGAGUGCAGCAGCAGAGACAAAUGGGACAAACUUUGUCAUCUCACCAGCCAGUGUAUCCCUCUCCCUGGAGAUCCUGCAGUUUGCAGCCAGGGGCAACACUGGCUGGCAGCUGGCAGAGGCCCUAGGAUAUACUGUGCAAGACCCAAGAGUGAGAGAAUUCCUGCACACUGUUUAUAUCACAUUGCACAACUCCAGUCAAGGCAUCGGGAUGGAGCUGGCCUGCACCCUGUUCAUGCAAACCGGAACAUCUCUGUCUCCCUGCUUUGUGGAGCAGGUCUCCCGGUGGGCCAACAGCAGUCUGGAGCUAGCUGACUUCAGUGAGCCUAACACCACUACCAUGGAGGCCUCCAAAGGCACAACUAGACCGAGCACAGGUGAAGGCCCAGGUAGCCCACUGUGGGGGCGGGCUGGUGCCCUGUCUACUCAACUCUCCAUCGUGAGCACCAUGACCUUCCAGAGUAGCUGGCAGCAGAGGUUCUCCUCGGUGGCCUUACAGCCCCUGCCUUUCACCUGUGCCCAUGGCCUUGUACUUCAAGUCCCAGCGAUGCACCAAGUGGCAGAGGUCAGCUAUGGCCAGUUCCAGGAUGCUGCAGGCCAUAAGGUAGAUGUUUUGGAGCUGCUCUACCUCGGAAGGGUGGCCAGUUUGCUCUUGGUGCUUCCCCAAGACAAGGGCACUCCUCUGGACCACAUUGAACCACACCUCACAGCCAGAGUCAUCCACCUCUGGACCACAAGACUAAAGAGAGCCAGGAUGGAUGUGUUUCUCCCUAGGUUUAGGAUCCAAAAUCAGUUUGACUUAAAAAGUAUUUUAAGAUCUUGGGGUAUCACUGAUCUUUUUGACCCACUCAAAGCUAACUUGAAAGGAAUUUCAGGCCGAGAUGGCUUUUAUGUUUCUGAAGUAACCCACAAGGCCAAGAUGGAGCUUUCAGAGGAGGGCACCAAGUCAUGUGCAGCCACAGCUGUGCUGCUGCUGAGGCGGUCUCGGACUCCUGCCUUUAAAGCAGAUCGGCCCUUCAUUUUUCUUCUGAGAGAACAUAACACAGGUGCGGACUUUAAAAAAAACAAAACAAAAAACAAAACUGGAUUCAGACAUUUAUGUCCAUCUCUCUAGCAAUUUAUUUACCCAUUAUAAUCUCAAAUAAAGGGGAAUUACUUCUUAGUACAAGGAAACUUUUCCUUCAUGUCUUUUACACUCUAUUUGCAGCUAAUGCUGACUCUUUUUAGUUCAGUAGACUUCAGCUUCUAGAGAUUGAAAAAGUCAUGGAAACACACUUCAAUCAAAUCUUGCUUUUCUUGCUGUUGUCCUAUUGAUCUUAGAAAAGAUGGUUUCUUCAGGCCAAGAUGAUAAAAAAGACCCAGAGACUCUAGUACUUCAGUGAUGCACACAUUUCUACACUGUUUUUCUGUCUUCCUCAAAAGCCAAACACUUCUGCACACUAUAGGACAGGAGCCCAAUGCAAAGAUGACAGACACAGGUUAGCCUAGCUACCACAAGAGAAGAAGUAGCUGUUUCUACAAUUCGGUAAUAUUGGAAAUAGUCCCUGAAUUAUUUUCUUUCCUUAGUCUCCCUGUAACAAUUAUUGGCCUCAAAAGGAAGAGAUUCUCAGUAAAGAGUUGUUGGCAAUUCUCAGUAGUGUUCAAAACAAGUAUGGAGCAACACUAAUAAAAAUCAAGCCAAGGUGGACCUACUUUAACUAAACAUCAGGCAUCACUUUUAUUUGUGGAAAGAAUAUCGAAAGUUAGAAUGAAAAUUAGCAUAGUUUAACACAGAUUGUUAAAAGAAAAUACUGUCAACAUCAUUUUAUCUGAGAAUCAUUUGUAUUCUAGAAUCAUAUUUGUGCUAGAAAUCAAAAGAACAUUGUGACAAAGGAUGUAGGUAAUCAUUCCCUGAAAAACUAUCUACUUGGGGAUUAUUAGGGAAGGAGGAGGUCAUAACAAUGUGCACUUAGUAUCCCACCAUGAUUACUCCAACCCCACAGUGACUGUGAUAGACAAAAACAGCACUGAUCACUAAGGACAGACAGCAGAGAGUAUGUUAAAAAAAAAAACAAAAAAAAAACACCACCACCACCACCAAGACAAAAAACUGGUAACAACAAAAAGACAAGUUUUAAAUUAAACCCUCAAACAAAGAGGAAGGACUAACCUUGAACAGAAGGGCCACUACCUAAAUCUCAUAUCCAAUAAAGGGAACAGUCAGAAGACAAAACAAAUUCUUGAAAUUCAACUGUAUAAUAAAAACCAUGUAAAGCUGUUAGACACACAGUACUUUCAAUAAUAUAAUUUCUACCAUUCUAGUAUCAGAAUGGAAAUUCAGGUCUAAUAAAAAAACCAGCUCCCUAACUCCCCACAAUCUUAGACCUGUCCCUGUGGCUUUUCUUUUCUGGACAGUGGCUGUUCGCAUUACCCACGGUAAAGUGGCUAAUUUUCUGAACUUUCAGCUGGGGCAAGAAGAUGGCCAUGGUUAAGAGCAUUUGCUUCACUUGGUAAAGAACCCGGCUUGGUUCCCAGACCCCACGUGGAAACUCCUAAGAAUCUGCAGCUCCAGCUCUAGGGGAUCUGACGCCCUCUUCUCUUUGGGCUUCUCAAGCACCAGGCAUGCAUCUGAUGCAUUUACAUACACAGAGGCAAAACACUUGAAAAUAACCUUAGAGUCUCCGCCUUCACUGUUGAGGCUUACUAGUCUUAUAUUGACAUAAUGGAUCAAUUAACAAAUGGGACACAUAAGGGAACAUUAAGAAAAUUAUCUAAAAACUCCAACAUUAACCUUUUGGAGAGUACUUGUCCAGCACAGCAUCACUCCAUGAUCUCAAAAAAAUGAAGUACCUACCCCCAAGGAUAUCCUCCCUUGUCUUUGCUAACAAGGAUUCUGUAGAAACUCCACUCACUUAACUAACUUGCCCACCAUUUCUUGAAAGGCAAAAGCCUGAGGUGGGUGGAAUCUUAAGCUGUAGUUUUGAUAGGCUGCAAAUUUUCGUAUUAAGUUUUAGUAUUAGGAAGUAAAGAUUAUUAUGCUAGACAAAGGAACAGAGAGAGGGAGGGAAGAGGGAGAAUAGUGGAGCACAGACACAGAAGAGCCUGCUACUGUACACUCCUUCGAGGUGCAUUUUGGAAACUGUAGUAAAGGCAGAAGAUCCACCGUGCCUAUUACAUGAGGACCAUGCCAAGGACAGACCCCAUGUGCUGAUUUAAUAUAGCUUCUAUCUAAAUGACUCCAGUGUUCCCGCUGAUCUCACUCUUAAGACACAUAAUUCACAACCACAAAAUAAAUCUGAAUUUUGUAUAGUUUCUGCUGAAUUUAGCAGUGUGGUUAUAGGCAACUAUUUUAAUAAAUCCAUCUCUAAAUUAUAUCUUCAUUUACUUCCAGGAAUUUUGAAGAAGUAAGAAAUGUUUAAUGAAUUGUUAUAUGAAAAACUACAAGUCACAUUAAAUGUUUCUUUUUCUUUACAGGGUUUGUCUUCAGUAUUGGCAGAGUUUCAAAUCCCCUUGACUAAAAAAAACAGACCUCAAGAAUGUUUUCUCUAUGUAUGCUUUCCUUUAUAAAUAUUUACAAUUUCUUUUAAGGGUAUGUGAUUUCCAAAUAUUAUUAAUCUAAAAAUAAUUCAAUUAAAAAAAUAAUUUAAAAGUUUUUUCCCCCUCAAUUAUUCC